AUGGCGCUGGAAUGCAUGUCUGCUGUGCUCAGCUUUUUGCGGAAAUUUCUCUCUCUCAUUCUCGGCGUCCUGCUGGCUAUUUUCACGCUUCUGUACGUCAUCGGCACCGGCCGUGUGAUUACGCUGGAGCAAAACUUUGCCCACGCCGGCUUUGCCCACUUUCUGGGCAUUAUAUUCUCCAUCGUCACGGUGAUUUGCUACAUUUCUCUGCACUUUGUCCCUCGCAAGGCCUACCGCCUGCUCUACUUCAUCUCCGUCAUGCUGGUGAUCACGAUGUUCCUCGUGGCCCACUCGCUCGGCCUCUCCGCCCCCGUCAUGAGCGACUGCAACGAGCUGGGCCUCCUCAACUACAGCGAGAUUGUGGGGAAGUGGAAGAAGAUGGGGACGAUGGGUGUCAUCUUCAACAACGCGACCAACUCGAAGGAGGUCAUCGGCAAGCUUGGCGAGCCCGUGCGCAACUGCGUGCCGCAGGAGCUCACCUUCGCCAGCGCGCUGCUGAUGCUCAUCCUGCAGGUGAUUGCCCUCUUUGACGUGCAGAAGGUGCUCCUGACGCGCGUGAAGUCGAAGACGUACGGCGAGCGCUUCGUGGAGAUGGGCAUCAGCAGCUAG